AUGGCGACAGGAGGCAAGCGUAUCGUAUUCACCGGCGGCUCUGGCAAGGCUGGACGCCACGUAAUUCCAUACCUGUUGAAUCAGGGCCACAAAAUCCUCAACCUCGACCUCGUGGACUUCCCAGAUCCAAAGGCCGACGUCGUCACAUUGAAAUGUGAUCUCACACAGAGCGGACAAGUCUUCAACGCACUUACUACCCAUUACAGCAUGGCGGGCUACGAAGAUGGCGCUCCCGAACCACCUCCAGAUGUAGUCAUCCAUUUCGGAGCAUACGCAAGGAACAUGAUCGUGCCCGACAACGAGACAUUCAAAGCGAACGUCGUUUCGACCUACAACGUAAUCGAAGCCGCCUCAAAGCUCGGCGUGAAAAAAAUCAUCAUCGCCUCCAGCGAAACCACGUAUGGCGUCUGCUUCGCCGAAGGCGACACCGACUACCACAGUUUCCCCUUGGAAGAAGACUACGACAACGACCCCAUGGACUCCUACGCGCUAUCAAAACUCUGCAACGAACGCACAGCACGCACCUUUGCGCGUCGCUACAACUCCGACAUCUACGCCCUGCGCAUGGGAAACGUCUUCGAACCGCACGAAUACAACGAAAAUUUCAAGAACUUCGUCGAGAACCCCAUGCGCCGGAAACGUAAUGCGUGGUCGUACAUCGAUGCUCGGGAUUUGGGACAGAUUUGUAAUCUCUGUAUCGAGAAGGAUGGGCUUGGAUAUCAAGUUUUCAAUGCGACGAAUACGACCAUCACGACGAAAAUUCCUACGGAAACGUUUUUGAAGCAGGUUUGUCCGAAUGUGCCGAUUACGAGGAAGAUGGAUGAGUGGGAGGCGCCGUUGAGUAAUCGGAAGAUUCGAGAGGUGCUGGGGUUUGUGGAGGAGCAUGAUUGGAGGAAGUAUGUCAAGGUUUGA